GAUGUCCCCAGACCAAUGAGGGCGCAGGGACGGCGGGGUCGAGAGCCUCCGUUCUCCAUGGCAACGGGCGGCUUCUAAACAGCUUCCCUUCGCGGGCCUCCCCCAGUCCCCGGACUUGUUGUCUUCGUCUUCGGCCCUCUCCCCUCGCCGUGACCGACUCCUGCCCGCCAUGGCGGAAUUAGGUCUAAAUGAUCACCAUCAAAAUGAAAUUAUCAAUUACAUGCGUUUUGCCCGUUCAAAAAGAGGUUUGAGACUCAAGACUGUAGAUUCCUGCUUCCAAGAUAUCAAGGAGAGCAGGUUGGUAGAUGAGACUUUCACCAUGGACGAAGUAACUGAAGUUCUGAAUGAGUUACAGACUGUGGUUCAUAGUGAAGUAGAGUCCGAGCUCAUCAAUACUUCCUGUACCAACGUGUUGCUUCUUCGGCAGCUGUUUUCACAGGCAGAGAAGUGGUACCUUAAGCUACAGACAGACAUCUCAGAGCUGGAAAAUCGAGAAUUAUUAGAACAAGUUGCAGAAUUUGAAAAAGCAGAAUUUACCACUUCAAAUAAAAAGUCUAAUUCAGAGAACAUGAAGCCAAGACUCGUUCCACUUAAUGAAGGGGGAACAUCAGAGCUCCUAAACAAGGAAAUUUUAAGACUUCAGGAAGAAAAUGAAAAAUUGAGAUUAAGGGUAAAGAACAUAGAAUUGCAGGCUACAAAUGCACUGGAUGAAAAAUCAAAAGUAGAGCAAACACUGAGAGAUUUACAGAUGGUCCAGGGAGAUCAGAAGGCAAUAAUCAGAUCAAAGGAUAUAAAUGACUUGGAAAAUACAGUUGCAGCACUGAAAAAUGAGUUUCAGAAGACAUUGAAUGAUAGUACUGAAAACCAGAAGACUUUGGAGGAAAAUUUAGUAUCAACAAAGCAUGACCUACUUAAAGUUCAGGAACAGUUGAAUGUGGCUGAAAAGGAGCUGGAGAAGAAGUUCCAGCAGACAGCAGCAUACCGCAGCCUGAAGGAGAUUCUCACAAAGAAGAAUGAGCAGAUCAAAGACCUGAGGAAAAGGCUUGCGAAAUAUGAAACAGAAGAUUAAGAAAUGUGAAAAUUCUGUGAUUUGGAAGCUGCCACAAAGUGACAGCGUAGACCGUUGCAAUCCUCAGAUGUGGAUGUGAAAGGGCCUGGGCCCACUUUCCUCUUGUUCUGAUGUUAAAAUGAGUUAGGCCGUUCUUUGGUUUAUUUUAGGAAAUAUGGGGGGGGGGUGUUAAUUUUUGCUUUUCAAGAAAAAGGUUUUCUGUUUUCAUUUGUUUAAUUGGAAAGAAGACAACAUAGUGCUUCUUAUCACUCUGACAUUCCAAGUUUCUCUGCACUUAGGUCAUAUAAAAUCUCUUCUGUACAUAGAAUUUCCUUUGAAAAUAGGGAGAGUUCCUUCUCAGUGUAGAAAAGAUUUUAUCUGGGAAAGGGAAGAAGAAUCUUGCCCUUUUGACAUAAGUGUUAAAAAUUAUACCUUUUGUAUAACUAUUAAGGAAGCUGACAAAAACACGUCUUUGCAUUCCCCAGGGGAAAACAAAGAGUUACUGAAUUUACUUUUAUUAAAAGUUGAACUUAAUGCAUUUUAUGGACAUUUGUAGCAGGAGUCUGUCUGUCAUUGAAGUAUAAACCUAAACUAGCUCUCAUUUAUUUCCAUUAUCACAUGUUAAACAGCAGCAUCAGACAAAGUCCAGUUGUCGUCUAUGAUGUCCUGGUAGGACACUCGGCAGCGUUGUGCGAGGUCUUACCAAGAGCCUUUUAGGCCAUUUUUCCAAAAAGGAGGCAGGUCAGCUCUGUGCUCUUGCAGUCACAGUUAGGAACUGGAGCUCAGGGGCAGAGUAUUGGGAAUUAUUAGAGAAACAAAUACAUCAUUUUUAGUUUGUGGUGCUUAGAAUUUUCUCCUGAGCGCCACGCUAAGAGCAAGCACUUUUUUCGAGACUGUGUUAAACAGGAUGUCAAAGCCUGAGAACUACAUUUUUCACCCCACGUUGUUACAUUCUUACAUAGGGUGCACACAGUGUCAAAAAUUGGGAAAUAUCGCUGGGUGUCUUUGCCCUGAUCAUUAGACUGUGCGUGCACAUGUUUUCAUCAUCUCAAAAAAAAAUAAUAUUGACCAACUGCGCAGCAAUGGAAUAAGGCCUAGUUAGCAUUUUUAUUCCCUUAAAAGAAAUCCAGGGCUUAACCCAAUCCUCAGAAUACACUUGAUUAUUCAGCAAGUUAAUUGGUCAUAUUUUAGAAGUGAAUUAGCUCUUCAGAAAACAAUGUUUCACUCACACCUAAUAAACACAGCCUGAAGAGAGAGGUAAUUCAUCUCCUCAGAAUGAGCAUUUUCUCCCAGAAAGAAAUUGGCAUUUAAGAUAAAGCUUAUCAUUGUAUUAUGUUUCUACAUAUUAAUCUCAAAAUGUAUUCUGAUGUGUUUUAAAAAUAUAAAAAUAUUCUUAUAAAACAUUUUAUUCUCGACUUCUUUUCUUGAAGUCCAGAAUAAAAUUAGUCGAACUUUCCCCAGAAGAGUACAAAAGGAAUUGUUAAGGGAUCUGCAAAGAGGAAGAAAAACAGAAUUUUCAAUGUGCUUUUAUUUUGGAUUUUGGCCGCUUUUAUUACCAGUCUAUGACUCAACCUCCCCAGUGUCCUUUUGGACUCUUUUGUUGAACACUAAGCACAUAUUUUGACAAUAUUGUCUUUCUUAAGACCUAUUAACUCUUUCUGGUAAUGCUAACCAGGGACCCAAAGCUCCAUCAUCCCAGAGCCGUGCUUCACCUUCCUGGCAGAUGGUUUGAGACCAGUGGCACCGGAAGGAGGUGUGUGCGCUGGUAUAUUUGCAGUGAUCACACUGAACUGAUUGCUUUGGCUUUUUGGUAGCUCCUUGGUAAUAGUUCUGCAUAGCGCACAUUGGUAUAUAAUGUUGGCGUGUCCACAGGUUAACAAAACACCUUAUUUCUGGGCUCUUCCAAUCUCACCAUAGCCUGACCCCAGGGGAACUAAGUGGCUGUUAUGUGACCUAGGUCAGCCUGCUGCUGCUGGUUCAUAGCCUGAGCUGGAAUUCUGCAUUUAAGUCUUGAGCAAAAUAAAAUGUCACAUUCUCAUUUCUUUGUACAUUUUAGCUUUACUAUAUGCCUCAUUAAACAAAGAAGUUUCCUUUUUCUUUUAGGCCUCUGUGUUUUCCAUUUUUGGAGCAUUGGUUCAAACUGUUGAGCAACAUGCCACUCCAUGAUAAUGCUUAUUUUACUCUUAGCUCUUAUUCUCACGGCAUCCACUCUGAAAGGACACAUUUUCUGCUCACUUGUAAUGACUCAGACCCUUUGUAGGCAGAAUCAAAAAGUAAAGGAGUCUUCGUGUGCAUUUCUUCUAUUCACUAUAUAUUUAUCUUUUUGUUUCAUAUCAUGUACAACAUCUUUAAUCUGUAUGAAAUAAAUCUCAAAUCUCUUAAGAGGAAAA